AUGAAGUACUCAUGGAGCGCUGGUGCGCUUCUGGCGGCUGCUAGCUCAGUCGCCGUUCACGCUGUUACCUUCGAAGCGGGCAACUACUAUGCAGAUCAAGUGCAAGCCAUAGCUUACUCGAAUUUUGGAACUGCUGGCAGUUACAAGAAGGUCACCACCAUGUCCAAUGGUGUUUGCAAUUUUGGGGACCAGCCGUACUCGGGCGGCCUGGCUCCUUUCGACAAAGAGAUUUCAUGGCACUUCCGGGGCCCGAUGCGAUUGAAGCAGUUUGCAUCAUAUUCUGCAGGCUCAGGGCCCACCAAGAGAUCACUUCAUCCCUCGCCCCACGAGCGUCGACAUGCUCACCAGCACCUGCAUCAACAUGUCCACGAGGCUCGAGAUGGCCACGUCGAAGAAAAACGAGCCGUCGGUGACUGGGUCGUUGCAACGAUCAACGGCGACGUUGUCUCCUGGAAGAACGAGUACGCUGGCGGCGCUGCCCCAGCUGCCCCUACGUCUGCACCAGCCCCUGCGGGAGGUGCUCCAGCUCCAGCUCCAGCCCCUGCUCCAGCUGCAAGUUAUAGCGCGUCUGCACCGGCCCCAAGUGUUAAUACUGGAGCUGGAACUUGGGGGCGACAGGCUUACUAUAAUUCCGAGCAAGGCGUUGCUGAUGGUCUUGUCUUCCUAAACAAUAUGGGAGGUCAGGGGUCGGGUGUUUUUGACUACACAUGGGGCAACUCCCUUUCAUACUGCGCCGCCGAUGCCAACUCGGGAUCCGCUUCUCCUGUGACCUUGGCAGAUACCUUCAUCGAUGACAACAAGGAGGUCAUCAUCAUGACCGACAAGCCAUGCAACGGUGACUGUGGCACUGUUAGGGAUGGCACUGUCGCAUAUCAUGGCUUCGACGGCUCCUCGAAGCUCUUCCUGGUGGAGUUCUCCAUGCCCCUGACCGGCAAGACCGGUUUCAACCAAGACAUGCCCGCCGCGUGGAUCCUGAACGCCGAAGUCCCCCGCACACUGCAAUACGGCUCUUGCUCAUGCUGGGCCUCUGGAUGCGGCGAAAUGGACGUCUUCGAGGUCCUGAACUCGGGCAACACCAAAGCCAUCUCCGCCUGGCACGGCCUCAACUCAAAGGGUGACUCGAGUUGGUUCCAGCGACCCAUCGACAAGACAAUGAAGGCCGCGAUUUUCCUUGAUGGAACCUCCAGCUCCGUGCAUAUUGUGGUGCUCCCCGACAGCACGACUUUCGACACCAGUCUCACCGAUGCUGCAAUCACCGGCUUCAUUAAUUCGGUCUCGGACCCGAAGCUUAGCGUCAAGGUUUCUCUGCCAUAA